UGUAUUUUGCAGUCAUUACAUUAGCAUGAAAAUAAUUAAAUAGUUCUCAUUGCGAUACGGACGCAACGGCCAUCGUCGCUGAGCCAGGACUGCCACGUGUCUUGUUGCAGAGAUCGCGUAUCGACGGGUCUUUGUUCUGCAGUGUAGCUAGUCUGAUAACUGAUAGCUGCGUUGUGCUGCAGUGUCGCUAGUCCGAUAUCUACGCUAGCCAAGGCUUGCUUCACUGGAUCAGGGAUCGGCAAACAGCAGUGAGUUCAAGUGGAAUACUAGCGACUGCACGUGAAAUGCGAGGUCUUUUACUGGCCGAGGUUGAACUUAUAAUGCGUGUAGCAGGUUUCAGAUUCAAGUUCUGGAUUGAGACGAUAACGCAGAGUUCUCGCGUCGCCAGUGUGAAAGACUGAACGUACGUCAUUAGCCUGUGGUAACGAUACUGACUGUUGCCCGUAGGCACCUUCGGCGUACAAAACCGCGGCAUUUGUCCUGACUGACUUCCACUGCCAGCCGAGUAACGGUAUCAUUCGUUCUUUCCGGACUAGGCAUAUAGAUUAGGCGUGUGCUACAUUGUACUGUGAUAGCCAUCCAGCGCACACGUACCACAGCAACAUACCAGGAAGCACACUGCACACUGUGGAGUUGGUGUUGACAACACAGCACACUGUGGAGUUGGUGUUGACACAGAGGUCACUACACACUGCUGUAUUUGGAGCUGGCUGGAUCAAGGCGUUUAGUUUUCACGGGACGGUAUACGCAGCAAGGAGAGGGUUGGUGCCUCAAGCCGUGCAAGAGCUGUGGGCGACUGUACUAUUUGCUGCAGUCCAGAACACCAUACUACCUAUCUGCACUGGCUACCUUGCCGUCCACGCCAGACUCAGAGCAGUGGUAGCACACACACCAGCUCCAGCACUACAGAACUGCUAUCCACUGUGGAGUCACCACCACCACCACCACCACCACCACCACCACCACCACCACUACCACCAACACCGCAGUAGCAACCCAACUCCACACUAGCAUUGUCAAUUAUACACGCCUCCCCCCCCCCUUCCCCGCACACCGACACACGUACACACACACACAUACCCAUACACACACGGACACGCGCACACACGUGCAGAGCAUGGCAUUCUCACUAUGGACUUCAACUGGUGGCGGCUCUUUGCCCAUGUGGCUGGACUUGCUAGUCAUUGCCCUGAUCGGCUUCAUCUGCACCUUCACGGUAUCAUACGUAGCGCUGGCACAGCCUCAGGGUAAUAGAUUACUGAACAAUGCGCCCACGCCAACCUCGACUCAAGGAGAACGUGAGAUGUUUGUUGCGGCACCUGGGUAUCUUUUCAGCGGCGAGGAUUCAUCUGCCGGGCCGAUGAGCCGCGUCGCAACCGUCGUCACACAGCCAAGCACCACCGCGCAGUUGACCACCAGCCAUCCACACCAGGCAAUCGUCACGAAAACACAUGCUGCCGCCUUCUUCCCCGGCGGAGGCGGGCCUUCCAAGACGCGCGUGGCUAUCGUGGUGCCGUUUCGCAAUCGCUACGAGCAGCUCAAGCAGUUUGCACCGGCCAUCAAUGCUUUCCUAGCCAAGCAGGACAUCAUCUUCAAAGUGUUCAUCGUCGAACAGCUGGGCAAGGCCAAGUUCAACCGUGGCGCACUGCUCAACAUCGGCUUCCUGGAAGCAAACUCGGGACGCACAGCCGCCGACAGAUUUGACUGCAUGACCAUCCACGACAUAGAUCUCAUCCCCCUGGUCAGCGCAAACUCUUACGACUGCAAGAAGGCGCCGCUGCAGAAAGCCUGGCAGCUGAGCUCGGCUAUCGACAUGUACAACUGGGACCUGCCCCAGAUGGCCGACGGCGGCGUGAACCUGCUGCCGUCCGACGUCUACUGGAGUGCCAACGGCUUUAGCAAUCGCUUCUACGGCUGGGGAGGCGAGGACAAUGACCUCAAGACCAGGCUGCAGGCCAUACGCACAGACUUUGUGCGCCGUGACAAGUCCGUAGGCCGCUACUCCACGCUGAAGAAAGGCAAUUUCAAGUCCGGAAAGCUCGCCGACAAUCGCUGGGAACUUCUGCGUAACUCGCGCCGCCUGCUGCACGAAGGUCUAACGACGGCGCGCUAUAGAUUGUUGAAGCGCGACGUCCAGCCACACUAUACGCUGCUCUCCGUCGAUAUCUGGCUAUCCGAGGAUGCGGACAGGCGAGUGUGAUCUCUUCGUACACAGUGUAUGUCUGCAUGUGUCUGGGUGCAAGGGCUUGGUGGAAUGCAAGCCAGCACAGGUUCCUUCUUGGAGCCCCUACUCUUCCCAUUCACAGUUUUGUUGUCCUGCUACUUCUCUCCCCUCUUCUUACGAGUAGGCUGUGUCCUCAGUAAAAAGAAGGAAACAAAAUAGGUGCCCGCAUACACAGUGAUUGAGUACAAGGGGCCUCGGUCCGUGAUGUCUGGGUGCAAGGUGCCUGGGUUCAUGAAGUCUGGGUGCAAGUACCUGGGCUUGUGAUGUCUGGGUACAGUAUGCCUUGCUUCCCUUUAAUUUCUAUACGGCUGACGUUAGAAGUCCUAUAAUCGUCACGGAGCUAGAGGAUUGACAUCCAAUGAUCAUGGUCACAUGUACUGUUCUUUGACGUACUCGCCUGACCAGUAACCAUGGUAACGACGUUUGCAAGCUUUCUAGAAAGCCAUUUCGUUCCAAUCUACGUUGUUGUCGACAUUAUACUUUUUCUCCAUAUUACUUUGUGUCACUUUGUGUCGUUCUAUAUCCACCUUGUCACGACUGGUGUUAUCCUUAUUUUUGCGCUAUAAAAGUCUGAUGAUCGGGACAGAAAAUCGAUUCUUGAUUAUAAUAUUAUUGUUAGAUACACACACAUGUCGGACAAGUAACUUAGUUGUGUGAUGUCUGCGGCCUUCAUUUUUUUCAUAGCUCUAUUAAAAUUAUUGUCUCCUCGAAGAUUGUUUGUGUACAAGUUUAAGUCGGUUUUUUUCUACUUGAGCCAUUCCUUGAAAUCUCCUUGGAGAAGGGGAUGAAAGCGUUAGAUGAGAAGUACCUAUAUUUCCAAUCUCUUCUAUUUUAUAGGAUGCCCUUGAAAAAGCUAUUUUAUCGCUAGGAAUUGGAACGUGCUCCUCAAUCGCUCUGCAGUUUCUUUUCUGUCGAUCCAUAUUCUUACAUGAGUAUUGUCGCACUGUGUGCUUUGAACUUCUGCCAUUGCCAUUCACAACAUUUUAGUACAGACUGGUUGAUUCCCAACAGUGUCAGUGACAAUAGAAUAGGCGUUUUAUUCUGCA